AUGGCGCCGGAGAGUCAUGGAGGCCAACCCCGCGGGAACGAUCGCCUAGGAGGCCGAGAAGCCCCAUCAGGGAUAACAGGGCCAGAAGCCCACCACGAACCAGGAGCCCUCGCCCUCGAAGCCCGAUUAUUCCAGGAUCUGAUAGUUACGUUCCUGGGAGAUAUCCUCCACGAAGGCGCUCACGCAGUGUCGGAGAUCGAUACCGGCGCGAACGAUCCCGAGACCGCGAAAGCCCCCGGAGGCGCGAGAGAAGUCGAUCUCCAAUCAGAAGAUCUCCGUUGCCUCGCCGGAGCCCACUUAGAAGAGAAUCGCCGGCUAGAGAGAAUAGAUAUGAGAGGCCACGGUCACCACGACGAGAGUGGGAGCGCGAUAGGCCGCGCGACUUGGAUCGCGAGCGUGAUCGAGAUUGGGAUCGUGAAAGAACCCGAGUUAGGGACUGGGAGCGCGAUCCUGAUAGGCGAGACGAGAGACGGUCACGCUCUCCGUUUGCUCGAGACCGCCGCCGCGAGAGAACACCCCCACCUGGCAAAACGACACCUAUCGCUGCACGCGGCGCACCUUAUAGGCCACGCUCUCGAUCGCCAAACCGACGAGACGAUAGAUUUCAACCCUUCAAGCGACAUUCGCCUCCGCGAGACAUUGGACUAUUAUCCACGAUACCAGGGCUCUCCUCCCCAUACCGCUGCUGCGCCAACCUCCAGUGCCGCGAGAGAUGCACAGCGGCCCAAUACAUACGAACCAGCCUCCGCUCCAUCCAAAUCACCACCGCGUGGUCCUGCAGCAUUAAGGGCACCGCCUAGUGGUCCUGCCGCCGCUCGAGUAUCAUCAGCUGCCGCAACGAUGCCAGCUCUGCAAACCCAGAAAAACCCCCAGACCCCGAGCACUGCACCACACAGGCCGGAUACCACGAGCCCAACCAACCCUCCAUCAGGGCCUCGAGGCUAUAUUCCACUGGCCAGAGGUUCGUCCUUCAGCUCUCGUGGCGGGAGGGGUGGAUGGAAUCAAGCACCACCUCGCCACAUGUCUGGUCCAGCAGCGUCAGCGAUAUCAAGUGGUCCUUCUAAUAUUCCCACUGGCCCUCGAGCGGCCUCUUCAAAUGGAGCUGGUACGGGGGCGUCUUCUGCUCAGCGGCCAUUCAAUCCACCAACCGGCCCAUCAGCCCAACACGGGAAUGGACCAAGACACAGCCUCGCCCAGAGUCUACUAGCAACGAUGCCUCCCCUUGUUCCCGGUGGGAAAACAGAUCCCACCAUGACCCCCUUGUUACUCGGUGUCACCAAAGAGAUUGAGCCUCAUUAUCGAAAACUGAGGGACGAGGAGGAAAAAUUACGAGAGGAGCUACGGAUGAAGCAAGAACGUCUCCGAAGGAGCAUGGGUGCAUGGAACAGGCUUGAGCGAGACGCUCGCGCGUGGGAGAUGAGGAGUGACCUAAGUGAGAAGAGCAUGAAGAACUUGGCUGGCGAGGGGAUUGGCGGUGCGGCCUUUUAG